UCUAAAUUGCGGUGGAGAGGAGGGAAUAGAGUCUAAAAUCUUCCCAGGUUAUUUUCUAGAUCUCCUCACCCCUCUUAUCCUGCUUUACAGAGACUGAAACAAGGGAUCUAGAUGGAGAUUCUUGGGGGAGGAAUCCAGAACAUGGCUCCCAGUUAAUGGAUGAUGGAAUUUGCACAAGAACUGGGCAAAGCUUGCUGUCCAGAAUCCCUCCUCCCACUCUUGGGCGUCUCUAAGUAGGCCUCCUCCCUGGGGCCUCGGCUGUCUUCUGGCUUUGCAGCAUAUUUUGGUCCUGGCUUCUCUCCUCUGUGCCUCGCACCUGCUUCUGCUUCGAAGUCUCCCCCCAGGAGGACUCUCUUACUCCCCUGCCCACCUCCUGGCCUCCAGCCUCUUUGCAUGUGGUGUGUCUACCACCCUGCAAACUUGGAUGGGCAGCAGGCUGCCUCUUGUCCAGGCUCCAUCCUUUGAGUUCCUUGCUCCUGCUCUGGUGUUGACCAACCGGAAGCUGCCUCUGGCCAUCCAGCAACCUGGAAACUCCUCCCACCUGCUGCACCCGUGUGAGGGGCCUGGCUGCCAUAGCCUGGAGCUCCGGAACACUUCUCUCCAAGAGGUGUCUGGGGCAGUGGUGGUGUCUGGGCUGCUGCAGGGCAUGCUGGGACUAUUGGGGGCUCCUGGCCACUUGUUCCUUCACUGCGGACCCCUGGUACUGGCCCCCAGCCUGGUUGUGGCAGGGCUCUCUGCCCACAGGGAGGUGGCCCUGUUCUGCUCUGGUCACUGGGGGCUGGCCUUGCUGCUUAUCCUGCUCAUGGUGGUCUGUUCUCAGCACCUGGGCUCCUGCCAGUUACCUCCAUGCCCCUGGAGGCCAGCUUCAACCUCUUCAACUUGCACUCGAAUCCCUGCCUUCCGGCUCCUCUCGGUGCUGGUCCCAGUGGCCUGUGUGUGGAUCAUCUCUGCCCUUCUGGGUCUCAGCGUCAUCCCCCUGGAGCUGUCUGCCCCCACUGAGGCACCGUGGUUUUGGCUGCCUCACCCAGCUGAGUGGGUCUGGCCCUUGCUGACACCCCGGGCUCUGGCUGCAGGCAUCUCCAUGGCCUUGGCAACCUCCAUCAGCUCCCUGGGCUGCUAUGCGUUGUGUGGUUGGCUGCUGCAUUUGCCUCGUCCACCUCCACAUGCCUGCAGUCGAGGGCUGAGCCUGGAGGGCCUGGGAAGUGUGCUGGCUGGGCUGCUAGGGAGCCCAUUAGGCACUGCAUCCAGUUUCCCCAAUGUGGGCACAGUGAGUCUUAUCCAGGCUGGAUCUCAGCGAGUGGCCCACUUGGUGGGGCUGCUCUGUGUGGGGCUUGGGCUCUCCCCGAGGCUGGCCCACCUCCUCACCACCAUCCCGCUGCCUGUUCUUGGUGGAGUGCUGGGCGUGACCCAGGCUGUGGUUGUGUCUACUGGAUUCUCCAACUUCCACCUGGCUGACAUUGACUCUGGGCGGAAUGUUUUCAUUGUUGGCUUCUCCAUCUUCAUGGCCCUGCUGCUGCCAAGAUGGCUUCGGGAAGCUCCGGUCCUGCUAAGCACAGGCUGGAGCCCCUUGGAUGUGUUACUUCACUCGCUGCUUGCAGAGCACAUCUUCCUGGCGGGCCUUUUGGGUUUCCUCCUAGAGAACACCAUUCCUGGCACACGGCUUGAACGAGGCCUAGGUCAAGGACUACCAUCCCCUUUCACUGCCCAAGAGGCUCGGAUGCCUCAGAACUCCAGGGAGAAGGCUGCUCAAGAGUAUGAGCUUCCUCUUCCCCUCCAAAACUUGUGUCCCUGCAUCCCCCAGCCGGCCCAUUGCCUCUGCCCAUUGCCUGAAGACCCUGGGAAUGAGGAAGGAGGGCCUGCUGAGCCAGGAGAGACAGCCGACUUGCUGCCUGGUUUUGGGGAGCAGUACCCCCGGUCUAGCAGAGAACGUAGGCCCCAUUAAUUCCAGGAUUCAUACUUCCGCUCUGGUUAGAUUGCUCUAUCUCCCAGCUUGCUGGAGAGUCAGCUCCCAGGUUCUACUUUCUCUUAGGGAGUGUGUGUGUCUGUGUGUGUGUAAAAUAGGUCUACUCAAGGGUCUUAUUUCCCAAUGGGUAUGUUGCCUUUCCUUCUCUUAAUUAAGUCCAACUGUUUCAGAGCAGAGGACAUGAAUGAAUAAACGAGAUUUUGCCUGUAAACUAUC